GAAAGAUGUAAGAACAGAGUGAGAGGGUGAAAGAGACCUGAGAGCGAAGGAGGAGACGCAGGAGAUGAAUGAAUGAGAGACUUGGCCACAACCCGAGCACUUGAGUCAACAUAAAUUACACUUGCCCAAGAGUUUGUGAAACGUUCUCCGACAAACAUGGCUUCUACCUGGAGAUUUGCACUGUUUCUGUCCGUGUUGCUGCUGGUGUCCAGAGGUCCGAGCCUGGCCAAUGAGGAGGCAGGGACAACGGAGCCCAGCAGUGGUCAUGAGGACACCUCAAACUCAAGUCCGGCCUCGGGGCACGACACAGAAUCAGGCCAUGACACAACCGGAGACGCUGGUCAUGGAGACACUGGUCACGGAGACACUGGUGAUGGUCACGGCGGGGGGCCCAUCACCACCCUGCCAAUUGUGACCUGGAGGUGGCACCAUGUCUCCACCCCGUACCUGGUGGCUCUGUGGAUCCUGGUCAGCUGGCUCUGCAAAAUCAUCAUCGAGGCCAACCACCAUGUGACCAGCGUGAUCCCAGAGAGCGCCCUGCUCAUCUGCUUCGGCUUCAUCCUGGGUGGGAUGAUUUGGGGCGCCGACAAGGUGCAGACGUUCAAGCUCACCCCAACGGUCUUCUUCUUAUACCUGCUGCCUCAAGUCAUCCUGGACGCGGGCUACGCCAUGCCCAACAAGCUCUUCUUCAGCAACCUGGGGGCCAUCCUGAUCUACGCCAUCAUCGGGACCUGCUGGAACGCCGCCAGCGUGGGGCUGUCGCUGUGGGGGUGUCACAAGGGAGGAGCCAUGGGUGAUCUUGACAUCGGCCUGUUGCAGUAUCUUCUUUUCGGCAGUCUGAUCGCCGCCGUGGACCCCGUGGCCGUCAUUGCCGUGUUUGAGCAAGUCCACGUCAAUGAGGUCCUCUUCAUCAUGGUGUUUGGAGAGUCGCUCCUCAACGACGGCGUGACAGUGGUGCUCUUCAAUGUAUUUGAUGCAUUUGUGUCACUGGGAGGAUCCCAGAUCGAUGCUGUGGAGAUCAUUAAAGGGAUAGUUUCCUUCUUUGUGGUGGCGUUUGGAGGUUCCCUCAUGGGCUUUGUGUUCGGCCUGCUGAUCUCUCUUCUGACCAGAUGGACUAAAAACAUCCAGAUCAUCGAGCCGGGCUUCGUCUUUAUCCUGGGAUACCUCUCCUACCUGACCGCUGAGAUGCUCUCCUUGUCUGCCAUCCUCUCGAUCGUCUUCUGUGGUAUUUGCUGCCAGAAGUACAUCAAUGCAAACAUGGACGAGAGGUCCGUCGAAACGGUCAGAUAUACCAUGAAGGUUCUGGCCAACGGAUCAGAAACCAUCAUCUUCGUCUUCCUCGGCAUCUCGGCCAUCGACAAGGAAAUCUGGGUGUGGAACACCGGCUUCAUCCUCCUCACGCUCCUCUUCAUCUUUGUGUACAGAAUAAUUGGUGUCUUUUUCCUCACCUGGAUCCUGAACAAGUUCAGGCUGGUCCCCGUAGGGUUCAUCGAUCAGGUGAUUAUGAGCUACGGUGGCCUGCGAGGGGCUGUGGCGUACGGCCUGGCUGUGAUGCUGGACGAGAGCAAGAUAAAGGAGAAGAAUCUGAUGAUAAGCACAACUCUCAUUGUUGUCUACUUCACUGUCAUUCUUCAGGGAAUCACCAUGAAACCUCUGGUCACAUGGCUGAAAGUAAAGAGAGCUAAAGUAUCUGAGCUCACACUCAUAGAAAAAGUGCAGAACAAGGUGUUUGAUCACUUGCUCAUUGCCAUAGAAGACAUCUCUGGACAAAUUGGACACAACUACAUGAGGGACAAGUGGAAACAUUUUGAGGACAAGUGGAUGACAGGGCUGCUGAUGAAGCCAUCGGCGAGGAAGAACCGCGACCACGUGUUCAGCGUCUUCCAUCAGCUGAACCUCAAGGACGCCAUGAGCUAUGUGGCCGAGGGUGAGCGCAGAGGCUCUCUGGAGUUUGUCCGCAAUGAAAGAGCAUCCGUGGACUUCAAGAAAAAGUUUGGUGAUGAGUUCUCAGAGGUGAUGCCUGACAUCAUGGCCGACAUGACGGAAGAUCACAGCAGUGUGUCUGACGUGAGAAGAGACCCUGUGCCAUCAGUGAGCCUGGAUAUGCACGAGCAGACUAUGAAGGGAAUGAGAGAAACUGAGGGCAUCAACUCUCAUCACCUGCUGCAACAGCAUCUGUACAAAGGCAGGAAACAGCACAGACACAGGUACAGCCGGAGCCAUUUUAACGUCAAUGAGGAUGAAAACGAGGUGCAGGAAAUCUUCCAGAGGACAAUGAGGAGUCGUCUGGAGUCCUUCAAGUCUGCAAAGAUGGGCGUCGCUCCACCAAAGAAGAUAACUAAGCACAAACAGAAAGAACAGCAGCAAAAGGUCAGAGUUCCUUAG